UGCGCGGCCACGUGACGGCUGCUAUAAGAGCGGCGGGCUGCGGACUCCCGCCCUCCCUGCUGGCCGCGGUCACCUACCGUCGCCCGGCUCCUCCGACCCACCCCACCCGGCCACACCAUGACAGAUCAGGCUUUUGUGACGCUGACCACAAACGAUGCCUAUGCCAAAGGUGCGCUGGUCCUGGGCUCAUCUUUGAAACAGCACAGGACCACUAGGAAGAUGGUUGUACUCACCAGCCCACAGGUUUCAGACUCCAUGAGAAAAGUUUUAGAGACUGUCUUUGAUGAAGUCAUCAUGGUGGAUGUCUUGGACAGUGGUGAUUCUGCUCAUCUAACCUUAAUGAAGAGGCCUGAGUUGGGCAUCACACUGACUAAACUCCACUGCUGGUCACUUACUCAGUAUUCCAAAUGUGUGUUCAUGGAUGCAGAUACUCUGGUCCUCUCAAAUAUUGAUGAUCUGUUUGAAAGAGAAGAAUUGUCAGCAGCACCAGACCCAGGGUGGCCUGACUGUUUCAAUUCUGGAGUCUUUGUCUAUCAACCCUCAAUUGAAACAUAUAACCAGCUGUUGCAUCUUGCUUCUGAGCAAGGUAGUUUUGAUGGUGGGGACCAGGGCCUACUGAAUACGUAUUUUAGUGGCUGGGCAACGACAGAUAUCACAAAACACCUGCCAUUUGUGUAUAACCUGAGCAGCAUCUCAAUAUACUCCUACCUCCCAGCAUUUAAAGCGUUUGGUAAAAAUGCCAAAGUUGUGCACUUCCUGGGACGAACCAAGCCAUGGAAUUACACUUACAAUCCCCAAACAAAAAGUGUCAAAUGUGAAUCCCAGGACCCAACUGUGAGUCACCCAGAGUUUCUGAACCUGUGGUGGGACACCUUCACCACCAACGUCUUACCCCUGCUCCAACACCAUGGCCUUGUCAAAGAUGCUGGCUCCUAUCUAAUGAUGCUUUCAGACUUGGUCUAUACACUGGCUUUCUCUUGUGGCUUCUGUAGAAAGGAACAUGUCUCAGGAGCAUUGUCAGACCUGUCCUUUGGGGAGGCCCCAGCUACACCUCAACCUUCUAUGUCCUCAGAAGAAAGGAAGGAACGGUGGGAACAGGGCCAGGCUGAUUACAUGGGAGCAGAUUCUUUUGAUAACAUCAAGAGAAAACUUGACACUUACUUACAAUAGAAGCACUGCCAUUUUCCUGUGGACACAUCUAUGUCUUAGACACAUUUCCAUUCAUAGUAUGUGAAGUCUGCUACAAUUGUUAGAGGCUUUCACUAAACCUCAUCAGAGGGGUUUGGGCAGGACAACAGGUGAGAACUGGACAAAUGUUAUAAGUAGUGAUUCUAUUAUGUGGACAAGUGUUCUGUAUAACCCUACACUUUUUCAAAAACUCUAAAUUCUUAAAUUGCCAAUGUGUGAUAAAGGAAAGCCAACAUAAGCUACUAAGAUGGCUCUCUCAAGUGGUGCAGAAAUUGACUCUCCAUCUUCAAAACAAGAUAUAACAUUUUCCAAUAUUCGCUUGUUGCAUCCUUCACAAGACCUGCAAUGUAGAACUGCUCAAAGCCUGUCAGAGAAGUAGCCUUCCAAACUAAAGUGGCCUUUAUUAACACUGCGGAGUGAUUAAGCCUACCAGCUAGUGUUAGUUCACCAGUUUUCUAUGCACCAUGAAGGCAGCAUGCAGACUUGCUCUUUCUCAGUUGUCUACUUGAAGAUUGCAGUGUGCUCUGAUGGUAACUGUGGUAGCACUGUGUAUAACAAAUAAAGACUUAUUGACAUAC